CAUAGAUAAAGCUAAAAUAAAAUGUUUGAAUAGGAGUAUUAUAAGAGAAUAAUUGAUAAACAAACAACCCCAAAUAAAUGCACAAUAAAUACUGCAAAGCCUUGGUUUCCAUAAUUGAAACAUAGAUUAGCUGUAAAAGGUAAUGUUGCUAAAAGAAAAUAGAUUAUGACUAUAAGUUUUUUGUGUUGCCUCCUAAUAAAAUGGUGUCACUUUUAAAGAAAUAAAAGAUCAAUGUGCCAUCAGAUGAGUAGAUUAGAGAAUUUUUAAGAAAUCAUUCUCUUAAGCACAUAGUACAUUAUGAUAGUGGAGACUUUAAAAAUGUUGAUAAGAUUUGUGCAUCAAAUAGUCCUUCACCAUUAAUGAUAAAUAAAAAGAAUCGGAAAUUAUUUUAGUAAUAAAAUCAGAAUACAAAUUAUAAAUUGAUUGAACCAAAACCAUAGACAGCAUAGAAAAUAUUUGAUAGAUAAUCAUCUGUAUAAUAAUGUAGAACUAGAGAAUUAAAAUCAUAACAAAUAGAGAUAAGACCUAAUAGAGAAAUAAUUGAUUUGGAAGUAAAAGGAGUAUAAAGAAAAAUGAGAAUUCAUGAUUUAUAAGCAAAAUCUACUCCUUAGAUAGAUGCAUCUAGUUUAAAAUUCUUUGGAUAAAGUUAGAGAAAAAGGAAUCGGAGAAAAGUAGAAUUAUUAAGACGUUCUUUGAAAAAGAUAAAACUUCUUGGAUUGUCUAUAGUUGAUGUUAUAUAAAAGUAGGUGUUUAGUAAGAAAGCAUUUUCUUGUUAAUUUUCAAAGGAAUUUAUAUUUGCAUCAAAGUAGAAUAGAAUAGAACAGAUGUAGAGUUUUUUAAUUACUCAUCCUUAUUUAGUGUUUUAAUAUGAUUAUUAUAAUAUGACAGCUCUUCAUUGGGCAUGUAAAUAUGGAUGGUUAGAUAUGGUGAGAUUAUUAUUACAUUAUCAUGCAGAUUUUGAUGCUUUAGAUUUGAUGAAUAGAACUCCUUUAAGUAUAGCAAUAAUGGAAAAUCAUUAAGAAAUAGUUAAACUAUUACUUAACCAUGGUGCAUAUCCAUGGAGUACAGGAUUAACAGAUUUAAAUGCUCCAUUAGAACGAAAUCCUGAAAUUAAGAGAAUUGUUUCUUAAGCAAGAAAAAUAUAAUUAUUUACUAAAUGGACCAGACUGUAGGAGUCUACUUUCUGUAUUUAUUGA